AUGAGAGAUUCCGACGACGGUCUCGACGCCCUACUAGCUGAGGCACAGGCCGAAGCCGAGUCCGAUCUCGAGCUGGAUCAGUACCAGCCUUCAUCAUCUCGACCACACGGCGACGAAGACAUUCCGAAUUCGCUGCUCGUGGAACCCAAGACCGAUCAGAGCACCUUCGCACCACCCCCGACACAUCACACCGAGUCGCAAUGGAGAAAGACUCAAGAAAGGCAACAACUACACCCUGAGAGUCGGCCCCGUCCUGCUGUCUCGCAUGCAGUCAACCAAGAUGUUGUUCUCAGGGAGCAAGCUAUGUGGCUUUGGACCAACGUACAGAACUUGGACGCCUUCCUUCUCCAAGUCUAUACAUACUUCACCGGCCACGGUGUGUGGUCUAUAUUGUUAUCGCGUAUCAUCCAUCUGGCCACAGCCGCUUUUCUCUUCAGCCUCUCCAUGUUCCUGUCAACUUGUGUCGAUUAUACGAAGGUCCCUACCAGUAAAGGCACCUCGGAAGUCUUGAUACCUCAGUGCAUGAAGAAGUCCACGUGGACAAAGAGUCUGGCUCUAUGGGUCUUUUGUUUCUGGUGGAUAUGGACGUUGUUUAAGUACGUCACCGACUUUCCCAGACUUCGCAGCAUGGAGAUGUUCUACCAACACUUGCUCGGCAUUCCCGACACUGACAUCCAGGCCGUGUCAUGGGAGAGAGUUGUUCAGGGACUCAUGAAGCUUCGCGAUCUCAAUCCAGAAACUGCCGACAACGUGCCCAAGUACGUGAAGGCUGCAGGGAAGCAGUCAAAGCAGAAGAUGGAUGCACAUGAUAUUGCUAACCGUCUGAUGCGUCGCGACAACUACAGUAUUGCCCUCUUUAACAAAGAGAUCAUCGACUUGACCCUCUCAAUACCUAUCCUUGGCAAUCGCCAGUACUACUCGAGGAGUCUGGAAGACCACCUCAACUAUUGCUUCUCAGAUUUCAUCUUCGACAGUCAAGGUCAAGUCAAUCCGUUGUGUCUACAAAGGAGAGACAGACAUCGUCUGGUCCAGGCUCUUCGCCAGCGUCUCCGGUUCCUCGCCAUCAUGAGCAUCCUAAUGGCUCCUUUCACUAUUACACUGCACUGUAUCUACUAUUUCUCACGAUACUAUGCUGAAUUCCGCGCUAGCCCUUCAGCUAUUGGGGCUCGUACCUUUACACCCCUGGCCGAGUGGAAGUUCCGAGAGUUCAACGAGCUUGAUCAUGAUUUCCGUCAUCGUAUCAAACAGGCGCAUCCCAUGGCAGCAGCUUAUCUCGACCAGUUCCCUCGAGACAAGACGCACCAGUUUUUACAAUUUGUCAGCCUCGUCAGUGGCACCUUAGCAGGCCUCUUGACUAUCGCAACCUUAUGGGAUUCAGAGCUCUUCCUCGGGUUCGAGAUUACGCCUGGUCGUACCGCUUUCUUCUACGUCUCAAUACUCCUGGCAGUGGCUACAGGAGCACGUAGCGCCAUCCCUGACGAGAGCAAAGUACACGAGCCCAUCUUCCAUCUCAAGAACGUGAUCAGCGCCAUACACUACUGUCCAGCUCGAUGGAAGAACCAACUGCACAGCGACGACGUUCGCGUGGAGUUCUCUGCACUGUAUCAGAUGAAAGUCAUGAUCUUCCUCGAGGAGAUCCUGAGUGUCCUGAUCGCGCCUUUCAUCCUAUGGAGAAACUCUGGGAAGCGAAGCGAAAUGAUCAUUGACUUCUUCCGCAAUUCUACGGUUCAAGUUGACGGUCUUGGUCACUUGUGUACAUUUGCUGUAUUCGAAUUCAGAAAAAGCAAGAACGUCGAGGAUGAUGUGACUAAAGACGUUGACGGACUGCGCGAGGACUACUUCGGGACCAAGGAUGACAAGAUGGCCAUGUCUCAAUACUACUUUAUGGAGCGACUCAGCAAGUAUGACAGACAGCAGGCUUUCCGUCAGAACCGUAACCAUGGAAUUCAACUUCCACCUGCCUUUCCACCAUUAGACGCUCCAACGCACCAGACUGCCGCUGGCAAGAGCAGAAGUGCAAGAGAACCACCAUCACAUCAACCUUCACCACAUCAGUCUUUGUUGCUGGAUGUCCCCCGACAACAUUCUGCCCCGGCAGGAAGUAGACGCCUGGAUGGAAAGCGGUUGACACAGCUGCGUAGAGGUGGUAAAGGCGCAAGCGCGCCUGCGUACCUCAGUCCUGAUGAGGGCGAAGAGGAUCAAAUGGCAGGUCUGGACGCCUUGACGACUAGCAGACUCAUCGAGCAAGAUAACGAACUAACCACUUCGUGGAAGGAGUUUGGCGAAAGAGCAGAUAUGGAAGAGUCAGAAGUGGCUAACGAGCGCCGUCCAAACAAUGGAGUCCUGGGACUUCUGGUUGAAUACUCCAAAGCCCAUGCUGGCGGCAAGGGACCGAAACUCGGUUAA